AAUCAAAGAUCUCAUCUGACCUCCAAGAGACUAAUUUGAGUGAGAUAGAGAAUGAUAAAUAGGAAGAUGGAUUUUCACUGCCUUGUAGCUUUUGUCAUCUUUGCAGCUUUGGCUUCCACCCUUUCUUGUGCCUAUGAUCCCAGUCCUCUUCAGGACAUCUGUGUUGCCAUUAAAAACCCUAAUUCUGCUGUGCUGGUAAAUGGGAAGUUCUGCAAAGACUCCAAGCUUGCAACGGCCGACGAUUUCCUUUUCACAGGGCUUAACAUACCGGGAAACACAUCAAAUGCAGUUGGUUCUAAGGUCACUCCAGUGUUUGUGGAUCAGCUACCGGGACUCAACACCCUCGGCGUCGCCUUGUCACGGAUAGAUUUUGCUCCCUAUGGUCUCAACCCUCCUCACACUCACCCUCGAGCUACCGAGAUCCUUACAGUCUUGGAGGGUAGCCUCUAUGUGGGCUUUGUCACCUCCGAUCCUGACUACCGGCUUGUCUCAAAGGUCCUUAACAAGGGAGAUGUGUUUGUGUUCCCUAUAGGACUCUUUCACUUCCAACAAAAUGUAGGACACACUAGUGCAGUUGCAAUUUCUGGAUUUAGCAGCCAAAAUCCUGGCCUCAUAGUUGUUGGCAAUGCAGUUUUUGGGUCGAAGCCGCCGAUAUCAGAUGAUGCCCUUGCCAAGGCCUUCCAAGUUGACAAGAAGGUGAUUGAUGAAAUUCAAGCUAAAUUUGCUAUGGCCAAGUAGAAAGCUAAUAACCCCCACAGUGUG